AUGCAAGCAUCAUAUAUAGAAAGCACUUGCAAAACACCUAGACUCUCUAACUACGAAUCACCUCAGCGACUUGUUAUGCUCAUCGAUAAACGGUUUGAAAAACAAAACGAACUUAUCCAAACACUAAUAAAAGAGAGUGAAACCCGUUUGUUACAUGAACUUGAUAAGAGAAUCAGUGACUUUCAAAGUGAAAUUACAUCUCUUAAAGAACGUAUUGUCAAUAUGGAAACAGUCGCAGACAAAAUAAAUGUGAUUGAAAAAGAUAUUUUUGAACUUAAAUCGCAAAAGAUGGUAUAUCCACAAAAUAGUGAGCUUGAAAAUGAAAUUAAAAUCCUUAAAGCACAGCUAGCAAAGCAAGAAAACUUUCAUGUAGCUUCUGAAUUAAGAAUAAACGGUAUUCCUUCGUACAACGGCGAAAACUUAAACAUAUUAUUCAGUAAUAUUUGCAAUUGUUUUAAUAUUCCUACACCCACAGUAAAAUCAAUAUACCGUUUAAAAAAUAAAAUACGUCAAAACAAUGAUGCAACAAUUAUUGUGGACUUAAUGUCAUCUUAUGAUAAAAAUUAUAUCUUGAAAUCGAUGGCUUUUUUCAAACGCACGAAUAAAACCCCUCUCCUAUUAAACCAUAUUGGGUUCGAUUCAAAUUAUGUCGUUCACAUCAAUGAAAAUUUGACAACUAUUCUAAAAUACGUUAACAACUAUUCUAAAAUACUUUUGUACGAUCAGCUGUGUGCUCCUGGUUUUUCGAAACACGAUCUUUUAUUUUUUAUCUAUGAUGUGCAUGUUAAUACCACGCCUACAAGUUACACCUACCGGGAUUUUAAAAACAUCGAUCUCAAUCUGGUAAACAGUUGCCUUGAUAAAAUCAAUUGGAAUUUCAUUUAUGCACUGAGUAGUGUCGAUGACCAACUAACGUUUCUGCAAAACAACCUUCUUUUUCUAUAUAACUACUGUGUUCCUGUUAAAACCAAGGUGGUGAAUCACAAUCAGCAACCCUGGUUUAAUAAUAAUAUUAAAAUUUUAAUCAAACAGAGAGACCUGGCUUAUCAAAGAUGGCAACGUUUUAAAACAUCGUAUCUACAUGAUAUUUUUAAGCAUGCCCGGCGUGCAGUUGUAAGAAGCAUUAAUGCGGCUAAAUACGAGUAUUACAGCAGGAAGUUUAAAUGUGCUGUGGACAGCAAAUCAAAAUGGAAAACUAUUCGCGAUAUCGGUAUUGGCACUAUGCAAUGCAAUACAACUAACGUUAAUUUAAAUCAAUUAAAUGAGCUAUUUACAAAAGUGGGUAAUUCAAGCACCUCUAACGAUUUUUAUUCAUGUCUCCAGACGGUUCCCAUUGAACAUGAUUUUUCAUUUCAAUGCGUCAAUAGUACUGAUGUCAUGAAAAGUAUCACUUCAAUUAAGUCCAACGCUGUGGGUACUGAUGACGUUAGCCCAAUUUUUAUUAAACUUUUGAUGCCUCAGCUAUUACCGUACAUUACGUAUCUAAUUAACAGCAUAAUUACAAAAUCCACGUUUCCCCAGAAGUGGAAACAAGCUAAAAUAAUACCAAUACUGAAAGCAAACAACGAAUUUAGACCAAUAGCAAUUUUACCUUUUCUAUCAAAAGUUUUGGAAAAUUUGUUAAGUUCCCAGAUAACAGCGUUUCUUGAAAAUGAGAAACUGUUGACUGAGCACCAGUCUGGGUUCAGGAAAAAAAGAAGCUGCACAACAACUCUUAUUGGCGUCGUCGAAGACCUUCGUAAAAAACAGGAUAAAAAUAUGAUAUCCAUGCUCGUCCUGUUGGACCAUAGUAAGGCGUUUGACACAGUAAAUCAUGAUAUCUUGUGUUCAAAACUCAAUAAGCUGUUUUAUUUCUCCGAUACCGCCUGCAAUCUUAUUGCGUCUUAUUUGUCAAAUCGUUCCCAGUGUGUUGUCCUAAAUGAACAAAAGUCGAACGUAUUGGAUAUAUCGCGAGGUGUGCCUCAGGGCUCUAUUCUUGGUCCUUUAUUGUUUACCCUAUAUAUAAAUGACCUUCCUGACGUCCCUGAGACAUGCAGUAUACAAAUGUAUGCGGAUGACGUACAACUAUAUGCUAGUACAAAAGUCGAAGAUAUCAAUAGCUGUAUCUCAAAAUUCAAUAAAGACUUGCAAGCAAUCAGCGAAUGGGCAUGUACAAAUUGUUUAAACAUAAAUCCAUCGAAAUCUAAACUAAUAAUUAUUGGCAAGACUCCAGCCUCUCAACCCGAUAUUAACUUAAGAAUUUCAGACUCAACUAUUCAGCGAGUGGAGUCAUCUAGCAAUUUGGGUUUGACUUUUAACACCAAGUUGAAUUGGACUAACCACAUAAAUCGAGCUUCCGGCAAAAUUCAUGGCAUGUUGAGAAACCUAUGGAAAUUACGUACAUCGACUCCUCAAGAUAUUCGCUUAUUGCUUGCUAAAACAGAGAGAGAGAGGGAGACUCGUGAAAAGGAUAACGUCAAUAUUUAUGAUAAGGUAGCAAAGUCCAUGCGACUGACUGCCAUUCAGGCAGCACUACACCAAGAUUAUAGCCAUGAAGUAUUCUUAAGAACGGAAACGGAUACGGAGCUACCGCCAACGAACAGCAAGUGA